AUGGCGAGCAAGCGCGUGGUGGAGACGGUGCGGGAGAACCCAGCGAGCGCGACCGCGGGUGCGCUGACGUUUCUCGCGCUCGCGCUUCCGGGACCGAGAGCGUUGCUGUGGCGAUCGACGCUCGGGAGAUUGCAAAGCGAGGAGGCACUCUUCAACGCGUGCGUGCGUAGGAGCGAAACGCUGGCGCUCGACGCUGAAGCGGCGAGCGGGGAGAUUCAGCGCUUGACGGAAGCUGCGAGUGCCGCGGAGGUUGAGAUGAAGCGUGGGGCGGCAAAUUUGAAAUCGGCUGCCCGAGAGCUUCGUGCGAUGGAGUCGAGGACGUACGGUAUGGAUAAGAAGGCGACGACACUCUUGAACGACUUGCGCGUCUUGCCGAGCAAGGAGGCGGUGGCGCUCCAAGAACAGGUGGCCUCGACGGUCGAUAAGGUGGCGGCCCAUCGCAACGUCGCCCUGUCCACGCUUAAGCGUAUUUUCAAGAGCGGUAUCGAGGUGUAA